CCGUGGUAGCCGAUCCUGUUCCUCAACUUCCUGUUUCUGCACUGUGCAACUAUUACAGUUACAUUUUUAAUUAACGAUGCCAAGUACUUGUUUUUGUGUACCUGGAUGUCAUUUAAGAGGAGGACAUGCAUUUCCAAAUGUCUUAAAAAGAAGGCAAAGUUGGAUCAACGCCAUGGCUUAUACGCAGAUUGGACGAGAACACGAUGAAAUCGUGGAGUCCAUCUCAAUCAGCUGUUGUUUGCAAGGCACAUUUUACUGAAAAAGACUACGUGCAGGAAACUAUUCAUGGGCGCAAACCCACCAUACAGAGACUUAAGUCUACUGCCAUUCCCAGCCUAUUUUCCUGGACCAAGCAAGAGACUGAAUCGUCCGCAAAAAGAAAAAUCAGGGCAGUUUCCUGUGAAAACAAAAGAACUAAACUUGAUGAAUAUUGUAGUAGAAAUAUAGAGGAAAGUUUUGAUAAUAAAGUUGGUUUUCUUGAAGAAGUCAUUCAUACUGCAGAAAGGAUUUAUGACUGUCCACCACCAACUGCCGAGCUAAUGUUGAGCUUCGCAGAUGGAAUUACGCAAACACCAUCAAUGCAUAUGUUUUCAGCAGAGAAUUUUGAAAUGAAGACACGUGACACAGCCAUGCAUUUUUAUACCGGUUAAGAAUUGUAUACUAAAUUUUUAUUUGUUUUGAGCACACUUGGUCCAGCAGCACAUUGUUUGAGAUACAUAUAUUUUCAAAUUGAUAGGGUGUCAGUUGAAAAUUAGUUUUUUUUAUGACUUUGAUGAAAUUGAGGCAUUAUACAACCAACUUUGAACUGUCUAGAUUCUAGAUUGAAUCUAGUGUUAAGAAUAUUGUGU